ACAGAAUCGGACAGCCAAUUAAACAGAACGAGCUUAUCACACGCGCAGCGGAUUGGCAAACACACACAUUUCUUUUUUCCUCACCCUGACCUUAAAAAGGACUUGGCAGGUGUACAAGAAAUUGCAGCUCUGACUUUCCCUGUAGGGCGCAUUUCCAGACCACUCGAGCCGUGCGCGACAGGAGCAUUCACUUCAGCGUUUGGAUAUAUCCAACAACAGAACGAUGUCAGGCUUGAAUCGCUCGCUCAAUCUGCUGAGGGGUGUGUUGAGACAUCAAAUCAUCCCUAAAGCUAAUAUUUCAGCCAAACCAGCCAAACAUGUGCUCUCCGCUGGGGAGCAAGUCUUUGUAAUGGUGACCAUGUUCGUGACCAUCCUGGGCCCCUCUGGAUGGGUCCUGGCACAUUUGGAGGACUACAAGAAACGUCCUGGUGGAGCUGAAUAAGAACCGCCUGCCUUUUGAGCAUUCCUCCUUACGAAGACUAUUGAACCUUGUUAAGAAUGUUUUAAUAAAUGAAUGUACUUGAACGCCUCAACUCGUGGCACUGGUCUGCAUUGAAUAAAAUACU